GAGCGUUGGUACAGAAGGAACCAGAACCGGUUCACUGUAAUUGCAGCGGCGAACCCGAUUCCUAUUACACCGCAAUCAUGUCUAUUAUGUCCUAUAACGGAGGGGCCGUCAUGGCCAUGAAGGGGAAAAACUGUGUGGCCAUCGCAGCAGACAGGCGCUUCGGGAUCCAGGCCCAGAUGGUGACUACAGACUUCCAGAAGAUCUUUCCCAUGGGUGACCGGCUGUACAUCGGCCUGGCCGGGCUGGCCACCGACGUUCAGACAGUUGCCCAGCGCCUAAAGUUCCGGCUAAACCUAUAUGAGUUAAAGGAAGGUCGGCAGAUCAAGCCUUACACCCUUAUGAGCAUGGUGGCCAACCUUUUGUAUGAGAAGCGGUUUGGCCCCUACUACACGGAGCCUGUUAUUGCUGGGUUGGAUCCGAAGACCUUCAAGCCCUUCAUUUGCUCUCUGGACCUCAUUGGCUGCCCCAUGGUGACUGACGACUUUGUAGUCAGUGGUACCUGUUCUGAGCAAAUGUACGGGAUGUGUGAGUCCCUCUGGGAACCCAACAUGGACCCAGAACAUCUGUUUGAAACCAUCUCCCAAGCCAUGCUCAACGCUGUGGACCGGGAUGCAGUAUCUGGCAUGGGUGUCAUAGUCCACAUCAUUGAGAAGGACAAGAUCACCACCAGGACGCUGAAGGCCCGAAUGGAUUAGCCCCAUCCCAGAACCCACGCUUGUUUGUUGACUUUUGGUUUUGUUUUUUAAAUAAAAUUGCCUUUCUUUCAUU